ACUCUUUUCGCCACUUGAACUUGCUUCACACUGAAAGUCAUUGGUCCACUGGGUACCAUCCUGCGGAGCUCUCAGAAGAGGCUGCACAUGCGUCUCUACUACACUCUCAUGGACUCCAAACAGUGCUACUUCACUCUCAAGACCGUCAACUUUACCUCCAUGGAAGAAGACAGAGAGUAUCUCUUGUGUGCAGAUAUUCUGCUGAGUAUUGCCAGUACCCUCUCCAGCAUCUGUACUAACAUCUUGGUACAGGAGCAAAAACUUACCAAGAAGAAAGGUCCAGUCCAUCAGGGAGUCAUAUAUCUACUGAUGCCCAAAGAGCUGGCGUGGGAGGAGACCCUCUUGUCAAGAACUAACAAGGCAAAGGAGGAGGGAAAAUAUUCAGUUGAGGAGGGAGAGAUGUGCAAGGAGGAGGAAGAAGAGGAGGAUGAGAGAGAGCAGUCUCUCUCAAUGCCAGCCUCUCCUACUCUGCCUAAGAGACAUGUG